AUUGCGUGAACGUUUUCCACACAUUCACCUACUAUUGUAAUGGCAAGGGGUGAUUAUAUGAUGAAUUCACUGUCAUAUUUUUCUUUUGCUGUUCUUUUUACUUUCCUCCUAUCUAUUGAUCAUGUCAUGACUCAUGAAACAUCUAAAGGUAACGAGCAAGCUUAUAAUAAGAACAGUAAUGGAAACAACUUCAAAUAUCCAACAUCAUUUCAUGACGAUUUAGACACAGAGAAGAGGCAUGACUCUAGUAGAGAUGCAGUUGAGGAGAUAGUUCCAACACAUAAUAUCAAGACUUAUGAUGAGCCAAGUAAUUAUCGUCGUAUCUCUUCAGAUGCUCAUUAUUUUCCAAGGGACUAUCAACAUGAUGAACUUAUAUUUCGGUUUGGUCAUCCUCGUUUUGGACAAAUAACAGUUCCUUUACCAUUUACCAAUUCUAUGUUUGCACCACCAAAAGCUGGUGAAAGAAACUCUUUGUAUGCAACUCCUCAUGCCUAUUACUAUCCUGGCUACCAACCCUCGGGAUGGGAAGACUUUGAGAACUUUGAAGAUGGAAGAGUAAUAAGGCAUCGCAAAAUUAUGACGAGGCCUUCAAAAAUUGAUGCGACUUUAUUCCAUGUGUUUCCAGCAAAGGCUCCUAGCAUGACAAAUAAUGGUGGUAAACCAUGGUAUGGCGACAUUGACGAGGAGACAAUAAAUUAAACUAAACAUCAACAUAUAAACCAUAUUUAGUCGUGUUUUACAUGGAAAAUAAAUAAAAGGAUAGUGUGUUUUACAACUUAUGUAUACAUGCCCUAAAAUUUACCACUGUGAUGUAUUUCUCUUUAGUAAUUUCAUGCAAAUGCUACAAAGUUUUUUUUUUUUUA